AUAGGUAUCUAUAAAUAAAACUAUGGGUCGUUUUCGAAGUCCGUAGCAUCGCACACAUAACUCGGGGAAUAAAAUUUAAUAAAAAAAUAAUAGUUUAAAAAAAAAUUUGACCAAAAAUAAGCGGAAUGAAGACGGCUCCAAACGCAGGAUUUCCGAAAUUAGUUGUCCGGACCUUAAAGGACAUUGGCGUUUUGGGAUUCAAUAAAAGACGUAAUAUUUUUGGUAUGAACCCACUUUUGAUAUCUGUGGGGUUAAUUUUAUUCACCUUAUAUUUGGCUUCAAAAUUGCGAAAGGUGGUCUGGUCCUACAUAGAGGAUUCUUUAGCCAAACAGCUUCUUUUGGAAUUCAUAGCCACUUUAGAGUUAUGUGCCGCAUGCUACGAACUAAUAAUAGUUGCCGAUAAUUGGGGUGUAGGCGCUUACGCUCUAUUUCUACUUUUAUUAACGAUAUGGUGGUCAAACAUAUGGGGCGAUGCUUCCGCGUGUCCCUACUCUCCCAUGGAGGAGGCUUUUUUGGGGCUCAGGACUUGGAAAUCGACACUUAACGUUAUUGGGGUCCAAUUGCUUGCUGCCAUUUUAACUUUUAGGUACGUACAACUUCUUUGGGCAGUAGAACUAGCAGAAACCCACCAAGAUAAAGCAUACGAAGAUUGUUCGGCGGAUUUGCAAAUUGACAUGGUGCUUGGCGCGAUAGUCGAAUGUGCGCUCACGUGCAUGUGUAGGGUCGUUUCAAAAAUUCUAGCUGAAAAAUCAUUUAGGUUCAGCUGGUUCGUUGACGCUUUCUUUUCCACCGCUAUGGUUGUCUUAGCUUUUAACUUAACUGGAGGUUAUUUUAAUCCAGCACUGGCGACUUCGCUCAAGUUUGGUUGCGCUGGCAACACCGUUCUAGAGCAUAUAGUGGUCUACUGGGUGGGCGCAUGCACUGGAGCUUUGCUGUCUUGCAUUAUUUUUGAAUCGAAUGCUGUUCAGAAUUUUAUUAAAAGGGAGGUUAAGGAAGAAUGAAUUGAAAAAAUAUAUAAAAAUAAUGUGUUCAAUUAAAUUAAAGAACCUUGACAGUGUUCGACUUUUUGGUUUUUUAUACUGUUACAACAGGUGUUUAUAACAUUGUGUUCAUAUUAAUAAAAAAUUCAAAAUGUUUUAACGAAGUGUAUGUAAUUAAGGAUAGUUGUUAUUUUUUGCUUCCGAUAUGUUGUUGAUUCGAGAAUUGUUAUCGAAAUUAUUAAAUUCAUGAUUUAUUUUUUUAAA